AUCAUCAUGAAGUAUAUAUAAAUACAAUUAGAAUCCUUGUCUUGACACAACUCAAAUAUACUAGCCUAGAAAUAGCAUCAAUGGACUAUCUGGUUAUUGUUGGUUUACUACUAUCUUACAUACUUAUACGAGUCACUUUAUCUUAUUUUGGAGUUAGCAAAUCCAGAAACUCAUUACCUCCGGGUCCAACCCCAUUGCCGAUAAUUGGAAACCUCCACUUGCUCGGUGACCAACCACACCAUUCCUUAGCCAAACUAGCCAAGAUCUAUGGCCCGAUAAUGUCCUUACGACUCGGUCACGUAACCACACUAGUCAUAUCCUCGGCCGCAGCCGCGAAAGAAGUGCUCCAAAAGCAAGACCUUGCCUUCUCGAGUAGACAUAUCCCGGAUGCAGUCCAUGCCCGUAAUCACUCCCAGCACUCCCUUGUAUGGCUCCCCGUAGGUACUCAGUGGAGAACGCUGCGUAGGAUCCUUAACAAUAACAUCUUCGCCAGUAAUUCCCUUGAUGCCAACCAGCACCUGAGGGGCCAAAAAGUGCAUGAGCUCAUAGCAUAUUGCACCAAAGCCAGCAAAUCGAAUGAUUCGGUGGACAUUGGUCGCGCUGCUUUUAGAACCAGCUUGAAUCUGUUAUCCAACACUAUUUUCUCCAAGGAUUUAACAGACCCGUAUGAAGAUUCGGGCAAGGAAUUUAGAAACGUGAUUGGAAAUAUCAUGGUUGAAAUAGGGAAGCAAAAUCUAGUGGACAUUUUUCCGUUGCUAAAAAAGAUGGAUCCACAGGGGAUCAGAAGAAGAGUGGGUCACCAUUUUGAGAAGAUUCUGGAGAUAUUUGAGCAGAUGAUUGAAGAGAGGUUGGGGAUAGACGGAUCAAACCAAAAUGAUGUAAUGGGAGUGUGUUUGAAAAUUAGUCAAGAGAAUCCCGAUGAGAUUAACCGGGCACACAUCAACAGCUUGUUCUUGGAUUUAUUUUCUGCUGGGACUGAUACAAGCUCAAACACAUUAGAAUGGGCAAUGUCAGAAGUACUACGCAACCCUUUGGUCAUGACGAAAGCCAAAUUGGAACUUGAAGAAGUCAUUGGUAAAGGCAAAAUUGUAACAGAGGAUGAUGUCCCGAAGCUACCUUACUUGUCCUGCAUUGUAAAGGAGACAUUAAGAAUGCAUCCGCCAGUACCCUUCUUGAUUCCUCGGAAAGUUAAUAAACAAGUCAAACUCAAUGGAUACACCAUCCCAGAAAACACACAGGUGCUUGUGAAUGCAUACGCCAUAGGACGAGAUCCAACCAUUUGGGAAGACUCGCAAGAGUUCAAGCCAGAGAGAUUCUUGGCAUCCAAGUUUGAUGUCCGAGGUCAGGAUUUUGAGCUAAUCCCGUUUGGCGCUGGGAGAAGGAAAUGCCCUGGUUUGCUACUUGCAAUGCGUAUGAUACCGAUGAUGUUGGGCUCAUUAUUGAAUAACUUUGAUUGGAAGAUAGAUACCACAUCUUCACCAAAUGAGUUAGACAUGACUGAGAAGUUUGGACUCACCUUACAAAAGGCCAUCCCUCUUUGUGUUGUUCCAACACCGCUAAAUUAGCAUUUUGUUGAUCACUAUUCCAUAUCAUAACUUAUUUCCUUUUAUUUCAAUCAAUUAAAUGGGUCCUUUUUGUAGAUAGUGUAUUAAAGCUCUUGGCAUUUCUUCUACCAAUUAAAAGGGUUUAGUAUCUGGAAGUGGAAGAAACUUUUACACUUUUUCUAUUGUAUUAAUGUAACUUACAUUUGGUGCAUUGUAGAAAAAAACUUUGUAAAACUGUUUAAAUAAUGUAAAAGUGUAUACGUGGCAAA